AAACAGAGAAAGCGCGUUUUGGAGUGUUUGGGGCAGCUGCGAGGUUUAAUUAAUCCGGUCGCCUCCGCCACCCUCGCCUCUGCCCGCACAGCGCUGCCGCUGAGCGCUGCAAACAGCAGGCAGCCCGCAGCUGCACCUCGCUGCCUCCGCCCUCGCUCAGCCACAGCGAGCCUGCCGCCGCCCUCCGUCUCCGUCCGCAGCUUUUAAGCAGGUAAGCGAGACGGCAGACCUAUAAUUCUUUUGCAGCCCUAGAUUAGAUGCAAAAAUAAAAGGAAUAUUUUUUAUGGACAUAAGAAAGCUUCUAAAUGGACAUAAGAAAGCUUCUAAAAGCAUCGGCCGAAGCGAAAAACCUCAAAUUCGGCAAAAUCAUCCACGCCCAUCUCAUUGUUAUCAACCAGAUUUCACGAAACCGCGUGAUCGAGAAGAACUCGUUGAUCAAUCACUAUUCAAAAUGCGGUGAUUUAUUGAGUGCACGCGUACUGUUCGACAAAAUGCGCAAGAGGAAUGUCGUUUCUUGGGGUAGCAUGAUGUCCGGGUAUUUGCAGCAUGGAUACGCUCAGGAAGUUGUGGAGCUGUGCAAGCACAUGGUUAAAGUUGAAAAACUAAGCCCAAAUAAGCACGUGCUGCCGAUGGUUCUUUCCUCGUGUUCCAGCUGUGGAUUGCUGGAUGAAGGCGAGCAAUGUCACGGGUAUGCAUUUAAGUCUGGCUUGAUAUUUCAUCAAUAUGUUAAGAAUGCACUUGUUUACCUGUAUACGAUGUGUUCUCAUCUGAAAGCGGCAAUGCGAGUUCUUGAUUCGUCUCCAAGAUUGGAUCUUUGCACCUAUAAUAUUUUGUUGAAUGGGCUUUUGGCACAGGGGGAUAUGAACGAGGCGUCUUGUGUUUUGCGUAGGAUGAUUGAGGAAUUGGAGUGGAGUAGGUGGGAUGGCAUUACUUGUGUUAAUGUUUUCGGUGUUUGUGGCCAUCUUAAGGAUUUGAUAUUGGGAAGACAAGUUCAUGGAAGAUUGUUGAAGAUUGGUUUGGAUCAUGAUUUGUUCGUGGGUAGCGCCACAAUAGAUAUGUAUGGAAAAUGUGGCGAUGUUUCAUCGAUGAGAACUGUUUUUGAUGCGUUGAGAGCAAGAAAUGAGGUCACAUGGACAGCUGCUCUAACUGCUUAUUCGCAGAAUGAAUGGUUUGAAGAAGCGCUUAAGCUGUUUCUAGAAAUGGACCGUGAAAAUGUUGUACCAAAUGAAUACACAUUUGCUGUGCUUUUGAACUCAUGUGCUGGUUUGUCGGCUCUUGGGUAUGGCAGUUCAUUACAUGCACGCGUUGAGAAGGUGGGGUUGAAGCAUGACACUGUUGUUGGUAAUGCUUUAAUUUACAUGGCUUCAAAAUGUGGGCUCAUUGAUGAUGCACAUAGUUUGUUUGAGAGCAUGUUAGAUCGUGAUGUCAUAUCAUGGAAUUUGAUGAUAACUGGUUACUCAUGUCACGGGCUUGGCAUGGAAGCCCUUGGUGUGUUUCAACAGAUGUUGAGUGAAGGGAAGCAACCGAGUUAUGUAACUUUUGUCGGGGUGCUCUCUGCUUGUAGCUUGUUGGGGCGAGUUGAUGAAGGUUUCUAUUAUCUGAAUCAUAUGAUGAGAGAAUACAGCAUUGAACCCGGGUUAGAGCACUACACCUGCAUUGUUGGGCUUCUUGGUAGGGCACGUAGGCUAGAUGAGGCGGAGAAGUUCAUUAGAUCAAAUCCAAUAAGACAGGAUGUUAUUGCUUGGAGAACCUUGCUCAAUGCUUGUCUCGUUCAUCAGAACUAUGGUUUAGGAAAGAAAGUUGCGGAUAUACUGCUGGAGAUCGGCCCAGAUGAUGCUGGCACGUGUAUCCUGAUGUCGAAUAUGCACGCCAGAGCCAAGAGAUGGGAUAAAGCGUCUGCUGUGAGAAAAUUGAUGAGAGAAAGGAACAUAAAAAAAGAGCCUGGUUUGAGCUGGAUAGAAAUUAGAAAUGAUACACAUGUCUUUGUCUCGGGUGAUACGAAUAAUGUGGAGUCUGUUCAAAUUCGUGAGAAGGUGAAGAAAUUGUUGGCUGAGAUUAGAACUCUGGGUUAUGUUCCAGAUAUUGUCACGGAGCUGCACGACGUGGAGGAGGAACAGAAAGAGGAUUGGCUCAGUUAUCACAGUGAGAAACUGGCCAUAGCAUAUGCGCUCAUGAAAUCACCUCCCGGGGCACCCAUUCGUGUCAUGAAGAACCUUAGAAUGUGCGAUGAUUGCCACUCUGCAGCUAAAUACAUCUCAAAGUUCACGAAUAGAACCAUAAUUGUAAGAGAUGCAAACCGGUUUCAUCGUUUCAGAGAAGGUUUAUGCUCGUGUGCUGACUACUGGUAAACAAAGUCCAUCUAAUUCAUAUGGUUGGAGAUUAAGGGGGACUUGGUCUACUAUAGGCCUUUUUUAUACUAUAGUCCUUUUUUAUCCUGCCAUGUCCCGGUGGAAGAUGUGGAUUCCUUAGUUGUUUGGAAGCAGCUUUCGCAAGUAAUGAAAUCCUCGUCCCACUACAUCCUCGCCCCACCUUCAAGACUCUGGCAGGCUAAGGUCAGGUGAUGGAAGAAGAAAACAUAGCAAUAAAAUUGAGAAAAUCAUGAACGAUUGGCUGGAAAGAGUUUCAGAGGACGAAGCCAAUCAUCAUUGAUCACGGGCUGUAUAUGACCAAGAAGACUGAUGUGAUUUGGAUCACACAGAGGAGAAGUGCGCCAACUGCUUUCAAGCUCUUUACAGGUGUGUACCAAUCCAUUGAAUCCGACUUCCGAUUAUGUGAUUGUACUUGUUCUUUGUGUGUGCAAGUGUUGCUUGUUUUGGUCUGAAAGAGCUUUUGGAAUCUGGUGAAGAUGCUUCAGUUUUUUUUCGUUCUUUGUGUGUUCAAGUGUUGCUUGUUUUGCUAUCUGUUCUUGGAUUCGUUUUGGUAUUAGCUGGUUUAUGAAUUGAAUUGGUCGUACAUGGUUGAUUAUGUUGUUUGGUUCAGCAGUCUUCUGCAUUUCAGGAAGGAUUCCUUUGAGCUAUUUAUCGAUCACCUUGAGUGUAGGGUCAAAUUUUUGGUUUCCAACUACAUUCUUCCCAUGAACAGAUGGCAUGCGCGGCAUCUUUGCAUUUGGCAGCGGUAGAUGGAUUUUAUUUUUGAACAGAUUUUUAGAUGCUAUGCCUCGUUUUACAAAGGGGUCUGCUGCUGCUUACGAUUGAGUGAUUCGACGGUAGACUUCAAAUUUUGAUGCUGGUCUAGCCAUGUCAAGAAUUUCCUUUUAAGCAUGAGAUACAAGUUGAGGUCUAUGUCGUGGAUUAUGAAGUUUGAGAUGGUUAGUAAUUAUGCCUUUUUCACUGAUGCGUUAAGAGUGGCAUUCUUAUCGUUUUUCUUGGGUAUUUCUGCUUUGCCAGUUUUUACCUUUUUGUGGUCGUCUAUUGCUUUGUAGCUUUGCAUUCAUUUUUGUUUUUCUGUUGUAAUAGACGAGUACUCUUUUUCCUUUAUUGGUGUUUUUCCCACGAGGUUUUCGGUUAAUGAGACUCCGGCCCUUAGUUAGCGUCUAUGUGCUUUCAAGGGUUUAUUAGAUUACUUUUUCUUUAUAAAAUUUUUCUAUUUCAACUUCUUUUUCAUGAAAACCUAAAUAUAGAGGUUUAGUA